AUGCCCAUCAAACUGCCCAAGAGCUUCGCGCGACGAAAAUCGUCCGGCAACGUCCUGGAAGACGUGGAAGCCCCUCAAUCCUCCUUCCGAGUCUUCGAGCGCCCGGGGCCGCAGCGAUCAAUGACGGACGGUGCAGCAUUAUCCAAACAUCACAGCGAAGGCAAUGCGGUGCCAUCGGCCCUGGAAGAGGACAACAUAUUUGCAGAGCGACCCCUGGACAAGCGGUAUGAACGUCCCUCAACCAUGGAUUCUCUCAGGAGACGGCUGACGGGGAACCGUGAAAGUGGGAAUUACGAAAGUUCUACGUCAACCAGACUCAGCUCGUCGUCGACGAUCCCAUCCUCCACUGAAGUGGCAGCCGAAGAGACUCAAUCUCCGCAUUCCCGAAUCCACGAUGUGCCCGCACCACCACCACUCGCCAGUGCCCUGCGUGCUGCAGGCCGAACAUUCUCGUUCGGCGGUCGUUUUGGAAAGUCUACACCCGCUGUCGUUCGUCAACAAACGCCCGAAGCCGCCAAACGCCCGGUGACGGGUAGCACCGACAGUACGGCCACUCCACCCAAGUUGCCUGAUACCAACUUUACCAUGGAGUCUCAGGAUGAUUUCAAUAAGAUGUUCGAUAAUAUGGGUGGUUCUUCCACGCGAGAAAGGUCUCCUCAGCCGCAUAAUGGAAGUCUUGAAGCUACUCACGGAGUUGGCAAUCUGACUGGUUCAAAGUAUUCUUCAUCUCCACCAACCCACGCUCUGCCUGAGUUCCAGGUGAGCAGAGCUGGGGCACCCGCGCCGAUAAAUACAGACCGGUCGACCGCCAUCGAGUCCCCUCCCUAUUCGUGGGGUCGUCGCCCGUCUCAGGAAGGAUUGCUACACAACCGUGAUCCGUCGCUGGACCAAGGUCGGUCUACUCUCGAUCCAAUGGGCUUCCGAAGGCCUUCUCCGUCUCCAAAUCACCUCUCGGAGGCCGCUACAACUUCGCAUCGCUCGCUGGAGCGGCCUUUGAAGGACAGGACGGACCGAAGUGGAUUGCGCAGGAGCGGGGUUUAUUCUCCAUCAGGGGACGGUUUGCCCUUUGAUGACGAAGAUGCGAAAUUGGUUCGCCAGUCCCUCAUGUGGAGUAAGGAAACUUCACCUUGGGCAGAGGGUGCCACCACGGGUGGCUCAUACAUGGACAAGGGCAAAUCGGCUGUUUACUCUGCGCCCGCUAACCCCGAACCCGAUAAUAUGUUUUUGUAUCGUCGCUCGCCGCCGCCUGCCGAGAGGGCAGACCCUGCGAUCGCGGCCAACGCACGGUUGGCCGCCCGGUACGCGGAGAGGCUGCCCAAGUCUACGUCACCGGGUAACAAGGUGAUGACUCCCUCUCAAUUCGAGCAUUAUCGUCAGCAACAAGAACUUCGACGGUCCAACAGCAAUGCAUCCAAGAGUGAGGCAGAGUCCGACCAUGAUGACUUCGACGAUGAGGAAGACGAGGUGGAAAAGCAGCGCGAGACGGAACGGCAACGACGAAAGCAGGAGGCUCACCUUUCUGUGUAUCGUCAGCAGAUGAUGAAAAUCACCGGCCAGCAAGUACCUAUGCACUCGGUGCGCCCAGUCAUGACCGGCGCUAGUAACAGCACACCCAACCUACUACCAAGUCGCUUGUCUGUUAUGGGUGAUAAGUCUAACAGCGGUAAGAGUAGCGAGGAAGAGGACGAUGAUGUUCCCCUGGGUAUACUGGCAGCGCAUGGAUUCCCCGGUCAAAAUCGACCGCCCACCCGCCUGAACAACGCCAGCUCGAACCCCAACCUUCGUGCUUCCAUGCAGCCACCGUACAUAUCGUCCUCGAGCUCGGUGUCGGGUGCGGAGAAUGGUGGAAACCGGGGAAGCCUGCCUCCCUUUGCGAGGAACUUGCCACAGGAUCCUUACUAUGGCGCUGGUCUGGUCAACAACGCCAACCGUGAAUCCUUGGCCUUUGGAGGCGGCUCCGGCUCAGUGCAUGGAGGUUCCCCAUCUCCAGCACCUACCCCUGGAGGUUUAGUAGGAGUCAUUGCGAAUGAGGAGCGCCAAAGAGCUAUGCGCCGAGGAAGUCCAAACACCCAAGCUAUGCACAACAUGGGAUCUGUGCCUCGGCCACAUUCAAUGAUGCCACAAAUGCCUGGUCCGCCUGCGCCCGUAACCCCUGGAGAACAAGCAUCGAUCCAGCUGUCACAGCAGAUGACAAACAUGAUGCAGAUGCAGAUGCAGUGGAUGCAGCAAAUGAUGCAGAUGCAAGGGUAUGCCCAUGCCUCCCAUGAUGAUGCCCGGAGGCCCGAUGCCCAUGCCCCCGAUGGGUUCGCCCUCGGGAGGACCCCCUCCCUCAACGGCAACUCCAAUAUGCGUCCGAUGUCCAUGCCCGCCGGUUCAAUGCUCAACGUCCCCUCUUCUGCGAUGCCGCACCCCGAUCAGCGCACCAUGAGCAUGCUCGACCCCAACAUCUCCACCCGCCGCACUGGAUCCCCGAUGCCAAACCUCUCUGGCAAUGCGUUCCGCCCCCAGACCGGCUAUGCCCCCUCCAUUGCGCCUUCUGAGCGGAGCAAUGCCGGCAUGGCUCCCCGCUACCGUCCGGUCUCCGUCGUGCCCCCAGAAACAAGCUACUCUACUAGUUCAGCAAACAAAUGGGCUGAUGAAAACCAAUCUCCAUCCGUUCUGAACUCCCAGUCGCACAACCUGCCAAAAUCACAUCUCGCCAACGUGAGCGUCCGUCCUGUCUCCCAGAAUAGUCGCGUUGGCGGUGGACACGGCCACAAAGCCGCAUCCGACGACGAAGAUGACGACGAAGCUUGGGCCGAUAUGAUGAAGAAACGCGACACGAAGAAGACAAACUGGAAGAUGAAGCGAGGCACUUCUUCCUUCGGCGAUCUCCUCAGCGCCGUGCACUGA